GGGAAGAGCGCGAGUUCCUGCACCCGGCAGCGGUCUUCUUGGGUGCUCCAGGUCGCGCCAUGCUCGCACUCGGAAGCUGCCUGAGAAAGGCGCUGGCCCCACGGGCGCUGACGACUCAGGUAUGUUCACCUUUUGCUACAGGCCCCAGGCAAAGCGAUGGAACAUUAUAUGAAUUCCGCACCUAUUUUCUCAAGCCCUCAAAGACAAAUGAGUUCCUGGAAAAUUUUAAGAAAAGUGUUCACCUCCGGACAGCUCACUCCGAAUUGAUUGGAUAUUGGAGUGUAGAAUUUGGAGGCAGAACAAACAAAGUAUUCCAUAUUUGGAAGUACGAUAAUUUUGCUCAUCGAACAGCAGUUCGCAAAGCCUUGGCUAAUGAUAGAGAAUGGCAAGAACAAUUCCUCAUUCCAAAUUUGGCUUUCAUUGAUAAACAAGAGGUUGAGAUCACCUACCUGGUACCAUGGUGCAAAAUAGGAACGCCUCCCAAGGAAGGAGUCUAUGAAUUGGCGACUUUUCAGAUGAAGCCUGGAGGCCCAGCUCUGUGGGGUCAUGCAUUCAAAAGGGCAGUAAAUGCCCAUGUUGAUCUUGGCUACUCUACACUAGUUGGUGUUUUCCACACUGAAUAUGGAGCCCUCAACAGAGUUCAUGUUCUGUGGUGGAACGAGAGUGCAGACAGUCGCGCAGCUGGGAGACACUGGUCUCAUGAGGACCCCAGAGUCGUGGCUGCUGUUCGGGAAAGUGUCAACUACCUAGAGUCUCAGCAGAACAUGUUCAUGAUCCCAGCAUCCUUUUCACCACUGAAGUAGUUUCCCACCUGACAUGGGACAUCCCAGUCACUGACUAGAGAUGGAUCUACAGCGGGUGCUCAUGUCUCCCCAGAGAAGCAGUGUCUUUGUGGUCUGAAGCAGGUGACCAGUUACUUCACUGUGCCCUCUGCAUUUGAAGGCUGCCUGAGUCCUUAACUACCAGCAGUUCCAGAAAUACUUCUGUUCAUCUUCCCCAUGCCAUUCAUGGCACCAGACACGAGGAAGAGUUGCCAUUACUCUGUGACCGUGGUGCUUUAUUGUUCCACAAUAUCUUGUCUUCUGUGAUUUUACGACUCAUUGCCGUCUUAUAUUCAAAUGACGAUUUUGAAAGUUUUUGCCUGGAAAUAUUUGUAAAUUAGUUAAAUGAAGUAUCUGUCUUUUGAUCAUGUUUUUCUUUCUUAAAAUUUAAAAAUAUUUCUUACCCAAUAAUGUUUACUUUGUGAUUUCAAAUGGGCUUCAUAGAAAUAUUAAAUCUAGUAUUUGUGUUUAUACUUUAUAAAAGUACAAUGUCAUAUCAUCUGUAUUAAUUACAAUUUCACAUUAUUAAGUCAAAGUAGGAAAAUAAUAUAUUCUUGAAACUUGUUGCUGGAUAGUAUGGUUUUACCACAAUCAUUUUUAAUUAACUUUUACUACUUUUAACUUUACCUUGAAUCACUCAGAAAGAUUAUGAGAUACAUUUAUUUCAAUGAAUUCUUUAUAAUUGGAAAUCUUUGACCUAAUAAAAGCCUUCACACCUA